UCACAUUAUCCGAAUAUUAUCGCAUAUUCUUUAUAAGAAUCGAAUUGAUAUAAGAAAUUGUACAUUAUUAUUAUGUAUUCAUGUUUAUGUUUGAAAUUAGUCGCGUGAAGGAAAAAAAUUUUGUAAUUUAUCAAGCAAGAAUUCCAUUUCAAUGUUGAAAUUUAAGUUGAAACGUUGAAACUGCAAAUUUGACGAUCUGUCAAACUAGACUAUUUGUUUAUCUACAUACGUGUAUAAAUAUCUUGUUCAUUUUAUUUUUGUACGUUCGUAAUAUAGAAAUAGCAUUACGUUUUUUAUCGGAAUUUGUAAUUAUCAUUAUUCGACAAACGAGUUAUUUUGCGAAAUCUUAACUUCAGUGUUACAAUUUACAUAACCUACAAAUAUAAAGUUUGAAGCAAUUCAGAAGUUCGAUCGCAUACUAAAGAAUUACGUUCUUCUUUAUUGUAAACAUGAGCGCUUAUAACGUAAUAACAUCGGAUUUUGUAAAUCUAUCUAUUACUAGUAAUUCUAGCCACAACUCAUAUUGCGUAGAACGACGAUUUCAAAAAGGAAUAACAAUUGAUGAAUUUAAAGGAAAAUUGGAACUUGUUACUGGUGGUAAUCCAAUGACAAUGAAAAUUGAGGUAUAUGAUAAAAAUGACAAAUUAAUUUGCAAGUUAGAUGAUGGUCAACGUUUAUUAGGCUCUUAUCCUAUUGAUGAUGGAAUGCGAAUACAUGUGAUAGAUAAUUUUUCCCGCACUGAGGAAAAUUUAAAUAAUGUUGAGAAAUUUGAAAUAUCUGAAGAAGAAUACGCCAAGAGAACGGGUACUGUGAAAGCAUUUUUGGAAAAAAAUAAAUUAGGAAAAUAUAAUGAGGAAGAAAUGAAGAAAAGAGCAGAAGAAAAGAAGCAAGAAGAAGAAGCAGAAGUAGCAGCUGCACAGUUAUGCAAAGUAGGUGAUCGUUGUGAAGUUUGUGUACCAAAUCAACCAAAACGAAGAGCUACAGUUAUGUAUGUUGGGAAAACAGAGUUUAAAGAAGGUUGGUGGAUCGGAGUAAAAUAUGACGAACCACUUGGUAAAAAUGACGGAACUGUCAAUGGGAAAAAAUAUUUCGAAUGUUUAUCGAAAUAUGGAGGAUUUGUAAAACCAAUACAUGUGAAGAUAGGAGACUUUCCUGAAGAAGAAUUUAACUUGGAUGAAGAAUUAUAAAAUAUCAACGUGUUUUGCCAUGUUCUGUUUUUUAUUAUAAAUUAUAACUUAGAAGAAAUUUAAAAUUAAUAAUAUUUAUUACGUAUAAAAAU